AUGCCUCCACAUCUACACCCUCGUUCGACAGCAACAUCCACAUUGUUUGCUGGCACUCUACUCGCGUCUUUUGUUGUGGUGGGCAUCCCGCACCUAUUUCCAUGCCCACGGCCACGGAAGGGAUACGCAGAUGCAGAAAUCCAGUUCGAUGCAGAAGGAAGACCAGUGCGACGGAAAGCUAGCCAAAAUGCAUCAGACACGUCUGCAUCGUUGAAAGACUCCUCAGAUCUGGACAGGGUGAUGGUGCAACCACAAAAUAAGAGCUUGCGAAAGGGCCUUGCACAACGCAAGGAUAUUGAGGAGGAAGCUGCGCUAUUUCGCGAAUUGCAACGAGAAGCAGAAGCAUUAGACAAGCAAGGCCACGAGUGUCCUGUUCCUAAGCCAAGGGGUAUACUCGGACGUCUACUGGGCUUUGAAGACAAGAAUAUGGUUGCUGCAGCAGAUGAGAAAAGCUGA